GUCGUUGGUCAUUUACUGUUUAACGUGGAAAGAUCAUCCAUUAACACGAAAAUUGGACAAACACUUCGAGAGCGGCUACUCGGACCUACAACUGGCAAACCAUUUGUGUACGGAACUUAUGCAUUAGCUGGUGCUUCUGCGUUUGGCAUUGGUUUGAUGUGUUACUACGGACUAUAUGGCUCGCAGCUUGAUUCCGCAGCAUUUAAUAUGACAAUAUGGCCCGAAUAUGUGCGAAGUCGCCUUCAGUUAACAUAUGGAUAUUUUGGUAGUUCACUGCUGGCAACUGCUACAUCAGCAGUUAUGGCGUCGCGUUCACCUACUAUCAUGAAUUUGAUGUCAACUGGUCGUGUUUUUCUUCUGACGAUGGCGGCAAUAGUUGGUAGUGGUAUGAUUACGAGAGCAAUAAACUAUGAUAAUACGUUGAUGAAGCACAUUGCUUGGCUUUUCCAUGCAGGAAUCAUGGGUGCAAUGUUGGCACCACUUUGCAUACUUGGUGGUCCAGCGCUCAUUCGGGCUGCAUGGUAUACGGCAGGAUUAACUGGAGGUUUAUCUCUGAUUGCUUUCUCUGCUCCUUCUGAAAAGUUUUUAAAAAUGUAUGGUCCACUUGCAAUGGGUCUAGGAAUUGUGUUCGUCGCUAAUAUUGGAACAUUUUUUUUUCCACCUGGAACUGCAUUGGGAGCAAGUUUAGCAUCAAUUGUUGUUUAUGGCGGCUUAAUUUUAUUUUCCGCCUUUCUCCUUCAUGAUACGCAAAGAGUUGUGAAACUAGCUGAAAGCUACCCUGUUGUUCUCAAGAAUCAAUUUAAUUAUGACUAUGAAAUUAUGCGACGCUUCGAUCCUAUUAACGCGCAAAUGUCAAUUUAUCUUGACGUCCUGAAUAUAUUUAUUCGAAUGGCUAUGAUAAUAGGUGGUGGUGGAGCUAGGCGCAAAUAA